GAAUAAAUAUUUUCAAUAAGCUAUGACUAAUUAUUGAUUUAUUAUAGCAAGUACUUAGUACCUGACUCAAGAUGAUGGGAGAACCCGGUGAAGAAAUGGAGGAAGGGAAAAAGCAAAUAGAGGAAACAGAAGAUACAGAAGACACUAAAGAUGACAAUGAGGCACAGAAGACGUUCCUCCCGAAAGAUAUUCAGCCAGGAGAACAGCUCACACCGGAUAUGAGCGCAUAUGAGAUGCUGCACACGUUUCGUACCAGAGCCUCUUGCCUCUCAUUUGACGUGUUACGUGACAGACUGGGUACCCGCACUGGCUACCCUGUCACCGCGUAUAUGGUGGCCGGCACUCAGGCUCAACAGGGAAAUAAGAACUCUAUUAUCGUCAUGAAGGCAUCUAACUUAAACCCGCCAAAAGCUGAAGAUGCAGAAGAAGAGAAAUCAGAAGACGAAGAUGAAGAUGAAGACGAACCAUUAGAUAAGGAGAUAUUGAAAACUGCUGAAAUAUACCACGCUGGUGCUGUGAACCGAGUCAGGAUCUGCCCCCACGUGACAGACACGCGGACGUUUGUUGCGUCCUGGUCAGAGAAAGGGAAGGUUCACAUCUGGGACAUAGCUCCUCAACUGUCUGCUUUAGAGACCGAGGUGGACUCCAAGGACGUGCAGAAGAUCAAACCUCUUUAUACUUUCGGGGGCCACGUUGAAGAAGGUUACGCGAUGGACUGGUCCCCUACUAGACAAGGCUACCUCCUAACUGGAGACUGCACCAGACACAUCCACAUGUGGACGCCUCGGGAGUCUGACUGGAUAGUCAGUCAGCAGACUUACAGUGCUCACGGCAGUAGUGUUGAGGACAUACAGUGGAGUCCUAACGAAGAGCACGUGUUCUCCUCCUGCUCCACAGACAAGUCUAUCCGAGUGUGGGACGACAGAGCCGCCGCUCACAAAGCUUGUAUGAUCACAGUUCCCAAUGCUCACGAGAGUGAUGUUAACGUUAUCAACUGGAACAAAUCGGAGCCCUUCCUUGUGUCUGGGGGAGAUGAUGGUGUUAUUAAGAUAUGGGACCUCAGAAAACUCGACUCUCACGCCGCACUUUUCAAACAUCACACAGGCCCAAUAACGAGCGUGGAGUGGCACCCGAGUGACAGUUCAGUAUUCGGAGCUAGUGGUGAAGACAACCAGGUCUCCCUCUGGGAUCUCGGAGUUGAGAGUUCUGAAGCCCUUGUUAUCAACGAUACCGAGGUUCCACCCCAGCUCCUUUUCAUUCACCAAGGACAAGAGGAGAUCAAAGAAUUGCACUGGCAUCCGCACAUCGAAGGAGUACUAAUCACGACAUCUCUUGACAAUUUUAACAUUUUCAAGACCAUAUCUGUUUGAGAAUUUGAGAGUUGAAAACACGUCGUGUGUCUAUGGAUUUCAGUGGAACUUGUAUCUGACCAAAUCGAAAGAUCUGUAAUUUAUUGAGAAAAGAACUAAAUUUUCACAUUUUUUUGAACCUGUAUAAUUUAAGAUUCUUUUAAAAUGAUUUUAAUCCGAA